AUGUCCAACGAGGCAUCUGCGAUCAAGCGCUUCAAUGAGACGCCUGAAACCAGAUACGCCUGGGUCAUUGCGCCCGUGCCAGGACCAUACUCCCUCAUCGCGUCAGACCUGCAAAGGCAGUGGAUCGUUCUUGCAGAACUACCCUCGACGCCGCAACGCUACUUCCCUGAUGAGGGCGACAUGUGCAACAUCUCGUUCAAACGAGAUUUCAUUUGCAGGGGCAAGAAAUACAACCCUGGAACUCUGCCAGCGCAGCGGAUUCCCAACCCGUACGAGACGAUCCCGGAGAUGUACCAGUAUUCUUUGCUGGCAGCUUUCAAUGUGACCAUGGAAUACGUCGCCGACCCGGUCACGAAGGAACAGUACCACCCUCUCUUGUCUAUUGCGGUCACGCAGGACACAGAUUACAUUCUUGGCCCAACACCUCUCAGUUUUCAAAAUGCUGCUGAGAUCAGCCUUCGGGUCGACCAGAAUCCUGUCACAUAUGAAGCUGAAUUGACGGCCUUGAGCAUCUUGACCCAGCCGAAGAAGGAGGGAAACGAAUUGUCGGAAAACACCAUUGGAACCUUCGAGUACUUGCUGGAUUUCCGGAAAGAGCCAAGUUUCUACGUCAACAUGUUUGACAAGAUUCCACAUAUGGACAACCCUUCGCGCCAUUCGAACGCCUACCUAAAGUCAGUCUACAGCCGACUUAACUCGGACCACAAGAGUGUGUAUGAGCAGCUCCGUCGAGUUCCUGCGGGACUCGCGAUCAUUCUCGGUUGUCCUGGUGCAGGAAAGACAGCGUUGAAUGCCUUCAUCUCUGCCAUGGCAGUGUCUCAGUCUCGCAAUCUUGUGCGCGACGAUGGCAAGAAGAUACGCAAGCCGGUCAAGAUUUUGUAUCUUCUCGACGUCAACUAUCCCUGUGACGAUGCAGCAGACAGGGUAUACUCAACGUUGAAGAAAGCCGGAAUCAAUAAGUCAGUGAUCAGGGUCCGCGGCUGCGCUCGCGAGAUGCGAAGCAGUGCAAAGCUUCACCCAGCACCCUUGGCAAGUGAGGAUGACGAGCCUGACUUCACUGCUGGAUUCCUCAGACAAGCCCGUGCUUCUACUGGUCUACUGAGCGGUACUCCUUCUCCCAAGGAAGCACGUGGCGAUCGAGCGCCAUCUUUGGAUGAGACUGCUUGGGAGCUGUACGAUGCCGACCGGACAAGAUUCAAGUCUUUAACAAAGAUACUCGAUAAGCUCUUGAACGGUGCGGUUAAGACCAAGAAAACGGCAAGAGAGCUCAAGGCUCGUGUGGCCAGACUCUAUCUCUCCGUUAUUGGAGAUGCCGACUUCAUCGCGACAACUCCUGUAGGAGCGUCUGGGUACCUGAGCAAAAGCUUCCAUCCGGACAUCGUGUUCCUCGAUGAGGCUGCUCAUGCAAGAGAACUGACAACUCUCAUCCCGAUUGCGUUGUACUCGCCGUGUGCGUUCAUUCUCACCGGCGAUACCCGACAAACCAGACCCUUCGUUGAAGGCGGCAAGGGUAUAGAGAACGAGAAUGUCUAUGCAAAGCAACUCAUGAUUAGCACCAUGGAAAGAGCGGAUCUCGCCGGGGCUUUGAAGAGCAAGCUUCUAAUUAGCCACCGAAUGUAUGGAGACCUCCAAGCCUUGGCGUCAGAGCUGUUCUACGAUGGGCAACUAACGUCAGGAAUUCCCGAAGCUGAGCGUUUCUCUGAACCCGUACGGCACAUGCAAAGAUGGCUUGGUCAAUUCACCAGGGGCCAGGAAUGCACUGUACCUCGAAUCCUACUGAACCUACGAUACUCUAGGGAGAUGAAGGACAGGUCUAGCUUCUACAACCAGGUUCACGAGAACUUUAUCAAGCAGCGCUGCUUUGAGUUGCUCAGACACGCCGAUUUCAAGCAGAUUGACAAGCCUGAUCAACCUGGACGAAUCUUGAUCAUCACCCCGUACAAGGCUGCGUUGGUUCGGUACAGACAGUUCAUCAAGACCCUUCCGCCUCACUUCCGUGGAAGGAUGGAUGUAGAGCUAAGAUUCAAUGCUCUCGAAGCCCGCACUGUGGACUCUGCUCAAGGACAUGAGGCAGACUUUGUGUUUGUCGACACGGUCAGAACGAGAAGCGCUGGCUUCCUCGACGACCCAAAGCGUUUGUGCGUGAUGCUGUCCAGAGCUCGGAUUGGAGAGAUGAUUCUCAUGCAUGAGGGCAUGACGAAGAAACGGGGCCACGACCAGCAACAGCACGAUGCCGAAUGGACCUCAAAGGUCUAUGAUUAUUGUCGCAAGAAUGGUCAACUCCAUUACUUUGGCUGA